AUGGAUAGUGACAAUAAUAAACGUUUCAAUUUUGAACAACUUUCGUAAGGAUAGCUUAAAGGACGACUAUAUAAAAAUAGUAAUCGUUAUGAUCCUAAUGAACGAAAAUACACUUAAUAGCUGUCAGCUAUCUCCUUGCCUUAAUUGGUGCCUAAAGUUUCUAAAUAAAGAUUAGAGCCUACAACCUAAACUCAUUCAGCUUUAGGUGUAACCAUUCAAAACGGUAGAAUUUUACUUGAUCGAUCAGGUCAUCAAUCUACAAAAAGUAAAUGAUGAUUUAAUAACUAAAGACUUUAAAAGCGACAUUUUAAUACAAGAUUAGCUCAAAAAACCCAAGAAUUUGUCACCUCUUGGUCAUAGAUUAUUAAGUGAUCAUGGAAUGAGUAUUUUAGAGGAUGUGUAAAACCCUAAUUCAACUAUUAAUGAUUCUAUCAUUGGAUUGCUGUAACAACCUGAAAAAAAGAAGGAAACAUAGAUGAUUAAGAAGGCACUUAGAAAACCAAAGAAGAAACAGUAAUAACAAUCCUAUUUAUCACCUAUGGACUUUAUUUAUUUGAUAAGAACUGAUCCAGAAAUGGCUGAUGAGUUCUGUUACUUAAAUAAAAGAGAUCAUGCCUAUGAUUAUUAAAUUGUUGAAUUUGAGGAUAGAAAUCCAAAGGAAUAUAUGACAAUUAGUGCAAAGGGUAUCACUUAUUUUCAAAAUGAUGAUGCUACAUUUUUAACAAUAGAGGAAUGGCAAAGGGAAGCUAAAUUAUAUUAAGAUCUUUAAAAAAUAGAUUUUUUUAGAAAAUAUAAAUUAUGGAAGAAUUUCUUCUUAUGGAAGAGAUUAAUGAGGAAAAACAUUCUUGCCAAAAAUCAAGAUUUAAUGAUUUCUAAUAUGUUUUCAACUGACAAAUAAUUAAGAAUCACAUUAUUAGAAGUUCGUCGGAUAUGUUAAUAAAUGGCUUAAGAUAUAAGAUUUUUAGAUACUUCAACUACAGUUCCAUAAACCCAUGAAAAUUUUAAAUAAUUGUAAGAUAAACACUUAAUGUCUAUUAUGGAUAUUAAAUUUGAUUCAUAUGAAUAAUAGAUUAAAUAAAUAAUUGUGGAAUGUUGUUAGAAAUCUUUAGUUAAUUUUAAGGAAAUUCAUCGUAUUCCACUUCAUGAAGAUGAUAAUGAAGAAAGAGCUCCAUUAUUAGUUGGAGAUGAAUCAGGAAAAGAUAUGCCAUACACAACAGAGGCUACUAUAAGAACUCAUUAUAAAAGAUUAAGAAAAUUUGUUAAAUAUGUUGAUUACAUCAUAAUAGAUGCUAAAUUAUAGAUGAUGUAGAAUUCAGUUGAACACAUUGUUAAAUAGAUUCGUGAAUUUAAUGAAUAAUAUAAAGAGAGUUCAGGAGUAAAAAGAAAAGGAUAUUAUGGUAAAGGUUAACCAUAAUGUUGGAUAAUUAUUGAGGCAAUUGGCAAAUAGGAAGAAAUAGUGUUUAAUCCUGUGAGGGAAUAAUUAUUCAGAAUAUUUGAAAGUGUUGUUACUAAUAGUGUUAUUCGUAUAACUACUAGACAUAGAGAAAUGUUGUCUAUGCCAGAAUUAUAACAGUAUAUUCAAGAUGAAAGCAAUUAACAAUCCGAAAAAGUAGAUGUUAAAGCAAUAAUAAAUGGAAGUGAGAAUUUCCAAAUUUUAUGUGGUUAAAUGAGAAAAGAAUUGGAAAUUGCAUUUGAUUAUUUAGAAUCAUAUGCUGAAAAAUUGAAACCAUUUAUGAAAUGGUAUGUUGAUAAUACAAGAGUCAAUAUUGAAAAACAGUUUGCUGAUAAAGAAGUAGAGGAAUAUAGAAAUGCUAUUAACUCAUAUAAGGAAUAAGAUCAAUAAUUUUAAGAUAUUGAACCUACUCAAGAGAUAGGAAUGAUAUUGUUUGAUAAUCAAAAAUUAAAAGCCCAAAUUAAAUCUAGUGCUAUGAAUUGCAUUUAAGAAUUAUAGAAAUUCAUACCUGAAUAUAUGUAUAAGAAAGCAGUACUCUUUACAUAAAAAACAACUUAAUUAUAUUCAACUAUAGCUAUAUCACCAAUAACAGUAGAAUAAUUUGUUAAUUAUAUGGAGGCUGUAAAUGUAAUUAAUAAUUAAUUUGAAGAUUUAAGCAAUGUCUCAUAAGAAGUAACAGCUAUGGCAUUACUUAUGGAUGAAUUACGUAUUAAGAUUUAAGAUAAACAUAAAUAAAAAUUUGCAGAAUGUAACCAAUAAGUUAGUUAACUUCGUAAAAAAGUUGAUGAUGCCAUGGCUAAUUAUGAUUAAAACUUAAAUAAAUUUAGAAAAGAUAUGGAAAGAAUGAUACCAUAGGUAGAUAACACAGUAAAAGACUUAAAUGAAAGAAUUUCAGAAUAACCAUUGAGUUCUUUAGCAGCAGAUUUAGGGGAUAUGGUAACAUUCGUUUAAGGAGUAAGAAAGCAAGUAGAUGAAUUAAAAAUUCAUGCAAAAAAAUUGAAUGAUUAUUAAAUAGCAUUGAAUAUGGAAUAUACACCAUUUGAAAAAUUGGAAGCAUUUAAUAAUGAAUUCACUUUAUUAGAGAGAUUGUGGUGUGGAAGAAAUGAAUGGAUUUCAAAUUAUUCAAUAUGGUUAAAAUAACAUUAUACAGAUAUAAAUUUAGAUGAUAUGAACAAUCUAAUGGAAAAAUUAUAGAAGGCAGCUAAUUUAUGUGCCAAAGAAUUAGACAAAAAUGAAGUAGCUAGAGUAUUUAAGUCAGAUAUUGAAGGUUUCAGAGGUGUCUAUUAAGUUUUAUAAGCAUUAAAAGAUCCUGCAAUUUCAGAAAAGUAAUGGAAUCAAAUAAGAGUUAUGAUACUUGAAAAUUAAUAGCUAUUUAAGGAACCUAUUCUUGAACCAUUUACACCAAUAAAUGAUCCUAAAUACAAUGUUUUAUGGAUCACUUAGGCAGGGUUAGAUUAGGUAAAAGAUAAGCUAAGUGAAAUUGCAUUAAGAGCAGCAAAAGAAAUAGAAUUAGUUAAAAUGUUAGAAUAGGUUGAAUCUAUUUGGAGAUCAGCAGUUAUUACAGUACAACCUUAUAGAGAAUCAAAAGAUGUUUUUAUUUUAGGAAAUAAUGAAGAUUUGAUAUCUAAAAUUGAUGAUACAUUAUUGACUGUUAAUAAUAUUUUAGCAUCAAGAUUUGUAGAAGGUAUUAGACCUGAAGUAGAAAGAUAAUAAUCAUUAUUAAGAUAUUUCUAGGAAUUAUUUGAUGAAUGGAUGUUACAUCAAAGAAAUUGGUUAUAUUUGGAACCUAUUUUGAAUUCACCAUAUAGUGCUAAGAAUUUAGCAAAGGAAUCCAAAAUAUUUUAAUAAGCUGAUACUCAAUGGAAAAAAAUUAUGAGAAAUGCUAGAGAUAGUAGUAUAGCUAGAAAAUGGGCAGAUGAUUAUUAAAAUAGAUUAUAUUUUAAUCAAUUAAGAUAAAAUAAUAAUAAUUUUGAUGUUAUUUAAAAAGCUUUGGAUGAAUUUUUAGAAAAGAAAAGAGAUGUUUUUUAAAGAUUUUACUUUUUAUCAAAUGAUGAACUUUUAGAAAUAUUGUCAAAUGCAAAAAAUAUUUAGGCUAUUCAACCAUAUUUAAGAAAGUGUUUUGAAAAUUUAGUAAAAAUUCAGUUUGAUUCAUAAGAAAAUGCUAUUGGAAUGAUAUCUGCUGAAGGAGAAAUUGCAGUUCUCAAGGGAUAUGCAGCAAGAGGGGAAGUGGAAGAUUGGUUAAAAGCUUUAGAGGAUAAGAUGAAAUCAUCAUUAAGUGGUGUCAUGAGAUAAUCUUUAAUUAAAUAUUAAUUAGAAGAUACAUAGAGAAAAGAUUGGGUAUUUGAAUUUCCAUUAUAAAUUAUUAUUACUAUUGACUCUAUAUUUUGGACUAAAAUUACAGAAGAAAAUUAUUUAUAAGCAGAUGCAGAAGGUGAUUUAGAUGAUUGGUAUGAUGCUAAUAUAGCAAUGCUUGAUGAAUUGACUUUAUUAAUCAGAGGAAAUCUUACUGAAUUAUAAAGAAGAACUCUUGUUGCAUUGGUCACUUAAGAUGUUCAUUUCAGAGAUAUUGUGGAUAAUAUGAGAAAUGAAUCUGUUGAAGGUAUAAUGGAUUUCAAAUGGCAAUAAUAAUUGAGAUUUUAUCAUGAUGAGGAAAGUGUGCAUGCAAAAUAAGUCAAUGCUAAAUUAAUGUAUGGCUAUGAGUUUUUGGGAUCUACUACAAGAUUAGUUAUUACUCCUUUGACUGAUAGAUGUUGGAUGACUAUAACAGGAGCUUUGGGUAUCAAAUUAGGAGCAGCACCAUAAGGUCCAGCUGGUACUGGAAAAACAGAAUCAUGCAAAGAUUUAGCUAAAGCUUUGGGAAGAUAUUGUAUAGUAUUUAAUUGUUCAGAUUAAAUUACAGCUAAAAUGAUGGAAAAACUAUUUGCAGGAUUAGCAUAUUGUGGAGCCUGGGUUUGUUUAGAUGAAUUUAACAGAAUUUAUAUUGAAGUAUUAUCAGUCAUAGCACAAUAAGUAUAAACUAUAAGAGAAGCAUUGUUAGAAUAUAAAAUGAACUUUUAUUUCUUUGGUAAAAAUGUAUAAUUGAAUCCUGAUUUGGGUAUAUUUAUUACAAUGAAUCCUGGUUAUGCUGGUAGAACAGAAUUACCUGAUAAUUUAAAAGUACUUUUUAGACCAGUAGCUAUGAUGGUUCCAGAUUAUAGAUUGAUUGCUGAAAUUAUGUUAUUUGCUGAAGGAUUUUCAAAUGCCAAAGAUUUAUCAAGAAAAAUGGUUAAAUUGUAUCAAUUAAGUUCAGAGUAACUGAGUCAGCAAGAUCAUUAUGAUUUUGGUAUGAGAGCAGUCAAAUCUGUUUUAGUGAUGGCUGGAUCAUUAAAAAGAGCAGAACCAAAUAUUAAUGAAGAUAUAGUAUUGAUUAGAGCUAUGAGGGAAAGUAAUUUGCCAAAAUUCUUGUCUCAUGAUAUUCCAUUGUUUAAUGCAAUAGUAAGUGAUCUGUUUCCAGGUAUGUAAAUUCCUACUGUGCAGAAUAAAGAAUUAGAAACAGCAAUAAAGAAUAUUAUAGAUCUUAAUAAAUUAUAAUAAUAAGAUACCUUUAUAGAAAAAGUAAUUUAGUUCCAUGAAACAUUGAAAGUAAGAUUUGGAGUAAUGUUGGUAGGAGUGACUAUGGGUGGUAAAUCUUAAGUAUAAAAUAUACUCAGAGAAUCUUAUAUUAAAUUAUUUGAGUAAUAUUCUUUGAAGGGGAUUAAGAAUCAUGCAAUAUAUUAGAUAGUUGAACAUUAAAUUUUGAACCCAAAAGCUAUAUCCAUGGAGGAAUUAUAUGGAUAAUUUGAUAUGAUGACUUAAUAAUGGACUGAUGGUUUAGCAUCUAAUAUAAUGAGGGGAUAUGCAUCAUCAGAAACUUUAGAAAAGAAAUGGGUUGUAUUUGAUGGGCCAGUAGAUGCUUUAUGGAUUGAGAAUAUGAAUACAGUGUUGGAUGAUUCAAUGACUUUAUGUUUAAGUAAUGGUGAGCGUAUUAAAUUAAAAACUUAAAUGAGAAUGAUUUUCGAAGUUUUAGAUUUGGCAGUGGCAUCACCUGCAACAGUAAGUAGAUGUGGUAUGGUGUAUUUGGAUGAUAAAGUGUUAGGUUAUGAACCUAUAGUUAUAACAGAAGCUAUGACUCUUAUUGAUAUUUUGAGUAGAGAUAUUAUAGAUCAUUUAUUGAUUUAAAUAAAAGUUUCAUUUAAUAAAUCAAUUACUUAGAUUAUUAAAUAAUGUAAGUAAUUAAUACCAGUGCAUGAAACUUAAAUGGCUGUUGGAUUAAUUAAAAUAUUGAGGAUGGUCAUUUAAUUCUAUAAUUAAUAGUUGAGUUGUAAUUUAAGAGAUGAAAUAUCAAAAAAACAUAUUGAAAAAAUAUUUGUUUGGGUAUUUGCUUGGUCUGUAGGUGCAACUCUUAUUUCAGAUGAUUAUUCAAAAUUUGAAAGAAUUGUAGCUGAUACUUUUCCAGUUGAGGUUUUACCUAGGGGAUCUCUAUUCGCUUGUUUAGUUAGAAUAACAAAAACUGAUGGUUUGGUAGAUAUAAACUAUACAUAAUGGAAUGAUAUCAUUCCUCAAUUUGAGUAUAUAAAAGGAAUGAGUUAUUUUGAUAUGGUUGUUUAGACAAAAGAAACAGUUGCUCAUGGAUGGUUUUUGGAAUAAGCAGUAAAUACAAAUUGUCCUAUGUUUAUCACUGGAGUUACAGGAACUGGUAAAACUAUUAUGGUUAAUUCUACUGUUGAAAAAUUAAGAGAUGAUGGUCUUAUAGCUUUGAUGUAGAUUACAUUCUCAGCUAAAACAGCUAGUUUUACAACAUAAUUAAGUAUUGAAUAAAAAUUAUAAACAUAACGUAAAAAAGGAAGAACUAUUUUGAUGCCUCCUCCUGGAAAGAAGUUUGUAGUAUUUGUUGAUGAUGUCAAUAUGCCUGCCUUAGAAUAAUAUGGUGCAUAACCACCAAUUGAAUUAUUAAGAUAAUUUAUAGAUUAUCGAGGUGUUUAUGAUAGAAAAAGUUUUAAUUGGAAGGAUGUUGAUAAUACUAUUCUAAUUUGUGCUUGUGGUCCACCAGGUGGAGGAAGAUCUCCAAUAACAGUUAGAUUUACUCGCCAUUUUGCUUUAUUAAGUGUGCCCAAUUCGAGUGAUGAAACAUUAUCUUGGAUUUUUAGCACUAUUUUGAAGGCAUUCUUAAAAAAUAAUCAUUUCAAGAGUGAAAUAGUGGAUUUGAGUGAAAACUAUUCAAUUGUAAAUGCAACUCUCUAAAUGUACUCUGAAAUCUAAAAAGCUUUAUUACCUACUCCAGAGAAAUCUCAUUAUGUCUUCAAUCUUAGAGAUGUUAGUAAGAUCUUCUAAGGCAUUUUAUAAGCAAAACCUAUGAUUUAUUAGAAAUCUGAAUAAAUGGUUAGAUUAUGGGCACAUGAAACAUGUAGAGUUUUAAUGGAUAGAUUAAUUAAUUCAUAAGAUUAAGAUUGGUUUAAAGAGAACUUAGUUAAAAACAUAUUCUUAUUUUUUAAGAUUGAAUAUAAGGUCAAUGAAUUAUUUGAUUCAUAACCACCUCUUAUUUUUGCAGAUUUUUAGAAAAGAGCUGAGUUAUCUGAUAGAAUAUAUGAGGAAGUAAGAGAUUAUAAUCAACUUAUAAAAGUGAUUAAUGAAUACAUGAUGGAAUAUACUAAGAUGAAUUUAGUGUUAUUCAAAGAUGCAAUUGAACAUUUGACUAGAAUAAGUAGAGUGUUAAGAUAAUAAAGAGGACAUUAUAUGUUAGUUGGAGUUGGAGGUUCUGGUAAGAAAUCUUUGACACAACUAGGAGCUGUUUUGGCUGGAUGCAAAAUAGACACAAUUGAGAGUAAGAAAAAUUAUGGUAAGAAAGAAUUUAAGGAAGAUUUAUUUAGAAUGAUGUGUGCAGUAGGAAUUGAUAAUAGAUUGGUUGCAUUUUCAUUUUCAGAUACAUAAAUAUUAUAAGAAGGUUUUCUUGAAGAUGUUAACAAUCUUCUUAAUUCAGGUGAAGUACCUAAUAUGUUGACUAAAGAUGAUUUAGAAAUUAUUAAUUAAGGAUUAUAAGCAGAAGCAAGAGAAUUAAAAAUUAAUGAUAUAUAUCCAUACUUUGUCUAAAAAAUAAGAUCAAAUUUACAUAUAGUUUUAGGAUUAUCACCAAUAGGUGGAUAAUUAAGAGUAAGAUUGAGAAUGUUUCCAAGUUUAGUUAAUUGUUGUACAAUAGAAUGGUUACACAAAUGGCCAUAAGAAGCAUUGAUGAGUGUGGCAGAAAUGUUUUUAGAAACUUUAGAAUUUGAUGGUCUAACUAAAGAUAUGAGAUAAAAUCUUUAUUAAAUGUGUGUUUAUGUUCACUAAAGUGUUGAAAGAAAAUGUGAUGAAUUUUAUGCUGCUCUUAAAAGAAAUGUUUAUGUCACUCCAAAAUCAUAUCUUGAUUUAAUAGAAUCUUAUAAGACAUUAUUGAUGAUGAAAAAAGAAGAAUUAUAAUCAAAUAAGUUGAAAUUAGCUUCAGGAUUACAUAAAUUACAUGAAGCUAAUAGUAUCAUUAGUGAUUUAAAAGUUAAAUUAACUGAAAUGCAACCAAUUUUAAAAUAAAAGACUAUUGAUUAAGAAUAAUUACUCUAAAAAUUAUAAAUUGAUUCUUCUGAAGCAAAUAGAGUAAAACAGUUAGUUUCAGAAGAAGAAAGAUAAGUUAAUGAAUAGGCAUCAAGAAUUAAGGAAACUAAAGCUGAAGCUGAUAAAAUACUUAAUGAAGCUAUUCCUACUUUGAAUGCUGCCACAGAAGCACUUAAUACUCUUAAUAGAAAUGAUAUUUCUGAAAUUAAAAGUAAUAACAACCCAUAACCAAUUGUACGUUUUACUUUAGAAUGUGUUGCUAUUUUAUUUGAAGAAAAAUUGGAUUGGGAUUCUAUUAAAAAACUAUUGGCUGAUCCUAAUUUCUUAGCAAAAAUGAAAGGAUUAGACGUAGGUAAAAUAAAAUAAGUAACUUAAAAUAAAAUUAAGGCUAAAAUAGCUAGUAAUCCUGAAUUCAUACCAAAUUUAGUUUAAAAAGUAAGUGUUGCUGCAAAGUCUAUUUGUGAAUGGGUUAGAGCUGUGAGUGAAUUUACUGAUGUAAAUAAUGAUGUAGAGAAAAAGAAAAGUCAAGUAGAAGCUAUGAAUUAAUAAUUAGAGAAAGCUAAUAAAAUAUUAUUAUAAAAACAAUCUGAAUUAGCUUAAGUAGUUAAAAAAGUAACAGAAUUAGAAAUACAAUUCAAUUAAAAUAAAUAAGAAAAAGAUCGUCUUGAUUAAGAUAUUUAAACAACAGAAUAAAGAUUAAUAAGAGCUGAAGAACUUACAGUUGGAUUAGCAGAUGAGUAAGAAAGAUGGAAAAUUAAAGUUGAAAGUUUAACUGAAGAAAUAUAACUACUCUUGGGUAAUGUAUUCUUGGGAGGUUCAACAGUAGCUUAUUUGGGUCCAUUUACUGGAACCUUUAGAAAUUAAUUAAUACAAAAUUGGAUGGAAAAAGCAACAGAAUUAACUAUUCNGUUUUAGGAUUAUCACCAAUAGGUGGAUAAUUAAGAGUAAGAUUAAGAAUGUUUCCAAGUUUAGUUAAUUGUUGUACAAUAGAAUGGUUACACAAAUGGCCAUAAGAAGCAUUGAUGAGUGUGGCAGAAAUGUUUUUAGAAACUUUAGAAUUUGAUGGUCUAACUAAAGAUAUGAGAUAAAAUCUUUAUUAAAUGUGUGUUCAUGUUCACUAAAGUGUUGAAAGAAAAUGUGAUGAAUUUUAUGCUGCUCUUAAAAGAAAUGUUUAUGUCACUCCAAAAUCAUAUCUUGAUUUAAUAGAAUCUUAUAAGACAUUAUUGAUGAUGAAAAAAGAAGAAUUAUAAUCAAAUAAGUUGAAAUUAGCUUCAGGAUUACAUAAAUUACAUGAAGCUAAUAGUAUCAUUAGUGAUUUAAAAGUUAAAUUAACUGAAAUGCAACCAAUUUUAAAAUAAAAGACUAUUGAUUAAGAAUAAUUACUCUAAAAAUUAUAAAUUGAUUCUUCUGAAGCAAAUAGAGUAAAACAGUUAGUUUCAGAAGAAGAAAGAUAAGUUAAUGAAUAGGCAUCAAGAAUUAAGGAAACUAAAGCUGAAGCUGAUAAAAUACUUAAUGAAGCUAUUCCUACUUUGAAUGCUGCCACAGAAGCACUUAAUACUCUUAAUAGAAAUGAUAUUUCUGAAAUUAAAAGUAAUAACAACCCAUAACCAAUUGUACGUUUUACUUUAGAAUGUGUUGCUAUUUUAUUUGAAGAAAAAUUGGAUUGGGAUUCUAUUAAAAAACUAUUGGCUGAUCCUAAUUUCUUAGCAAAAAUGAAAGGAUUAGACGUAGGUAAAAUAAAAUAAGUAACUUAAAAUAAAAUUAAAGCUAAAAUAGCUAGUAAUCCUGAAUUCAUACCAAAUUUAGUUUAAAAAGUAAGUGUUGCUGCAAAGUCUAUUUGUGAAUGGGUUAGAGCUGUGAGUGAAUUUACUGAUGUAAAUAAUGAUGUAGAGAAAAAGAAAAGUCAAGUAGAAGCUAUGAAUUAAUAAUUAGAGAAAGCUAAUAAAAUAUUAUUAUAAAAACAAUCUGAAUUAGCUUAAGUAGUUAAAAAAGUAACAGAAUUAGAAAUACAAUUCAAUUAAAAUAAAUAAGAAAAAGAUCGUCUUGAUUAAGAUAUUUAAACAACAGAAUAAAGAUUAAUAAGAGCUGAAGAACUUACAGUUGGAUUAGCAGAUGAGUAAGAAAGAUGGAAAAUUAAAGUUGAAAGUUUAACUGAAGAAAUAUAACUACUCUUGGGUAAUGUAUUCUUGGGAGGUUCAACAGUAGCUUAUUUGGGUCCAUUUACUGGAACCUUUAGAAAUUAAUUAAUACAAAAUUGGAUGGAAAAAGCAACAGAAUUAACUAUUCCUUUGAGUGAGAAAUAUAAUUUUGAAUCAGUCUUAGGAGAUGCUCUUGAAAUUUAAUAAUGGGCAGCAAAUGGAUUACCUAAUGAUACAGUUUCAAAGUCAAAUGGUAUCAUUCAAAAAUACAGUAGAUCUUAUCCUAUGUUUAUUGAUCCAUAAUUAUAAGCUAAUACUUGGAUCAAGAAUAGUUAUAGAGAGCAUAAUUUGAAAGUUUUAAAGAUUACAUAAGAAGGACUUAUUAAACAUAUAGAAAAUGCAGUUUAAACAGGAAUUCCUUUGCUUUUAGAAGAUGUUUAAGAAUAAUUGGAUAACUUUUUAGAACCAUUAUUAUUGAAAUAAUUUAAUAUAAUAAAUAGAAGAAAAAUGAUAAAGAUAGGGGAUAGAGAAGUUGAAUUUGAUCCUAAUUUUAAAUUAUUCUUUAGUACAAAAUUGGCAAAUCCUUAGUUUUUACCAGAGAUAUUUAUUAGAGUAACAGUGAUUAAUUUUACUGUCACAGAAUAAGGUUUAGAAGAAUAAUUACUUGGAGAUGUUGUAUAGAUUGAAAAACCUGAGAUGGAAGAAGAGAAAAAAGACUUGAUUAAGAGAAUUUCAACUGGUAACAUGAAUUUAAGAAAGAAUGAAGAAAAGAUUUUAAAUUUAUUAGCUAAUUCUAAAGGAAUGAUUUUAGAUAAUGUUGAUUUAAUUGAAAAUUUAAAGAUAUCAAAAUAAGAUGCAAUAUAAGUUAAAGAAAGUUUAGUAAAUCAAGAAUAGAAAUCUGCNUCAUACCAAAUUUAGUUUAAAAAGUAAGUGUUGCUGCAAAGUCUAUUUGUGAAUGGGUUAGAGCUGUGAGUGAAUUUACUGAUGUAAAUAAUGAUGUAGAGAAAAAGAAAAGUCAAGUAGAAGCUAUGAAUUAAUAAUUAGAGAAAGCUAAUAAAAUAUUAUUAUAAAAACAAUCUGAAUUAGCUUAAGUAGUUAAAAAAGUAACAGAAUUAGAAAUACAAUUCAAUUAAAAUAAAUAAGAAAAAGAUCGUCUUGAUUAAGAUAUUUAAACAACAGAAUAAAGAUUAAUAAGAGCUGAAGAACUUACAGUUGGAUUAGCAGAUGAGUAAGAAAGAUGGAAAAUUAAAGUUGAAAGUUUAACUGAAGAAAUAUAACUACUCUUGGGUAAUGUAUUCUUGGGAGGUUCAACAGUAGCUUAUUUGGGUCCAUUUACUGGAACCUUUAGAAAUUAAUUAAUACAAAAUUGGAUGGAAAAAGCAACAGAAUUAACUAUUCCUUUGAGUGAGAAAUAUAAUUUUGAAUCAGUCUUAGGAGAUGCUCUUGAAAUUUAAUAAUGGGCAGCAAAUGGAUUACCUAAUGAUACAGUUUCAAAGUCAAAUGGUAUCAUUCAAAAAUACAGUAGAUCUUAUCCUAUGUUUAUUGAUCCAUAAUUAUAAGCUAAUACUUGGAUCAAGAAUAGUUAUAGAGAGCAUAAUUUGAAAGUUUUAAAGAUUACAUAAGAAGGACUUAUUAAACAUAUAGAAAAUGCAGUUUAAACAGGAAUUCCUUUGCUUUUAGAAGAUGUUUAAGAAUAAUUGGAUAACUUUUUAGAACCAUUAUUAUUGAAAUAAUUUAAUAUAAUAAAUAGAAGAAAAAUGAUAAAGAUAGGGGAUAGAGAAGUUGAAUUUGAUCCUAAUUUUAAAUUAUUCUUUAGUACAAAAUUGGCAAAUCCUUAGUUUUUACCAGAGAUAUUUAUUAGAGUAACAGUGAUUAAUUUUACUGUCACAGAAUAAGGUUUAGAAGAAUAAUUACUUGGAGAUGUUGUAUAGAUUGAAAAACCUGAGAUGGAAGAAGAGAAAAAAGACUUGAUUAAGAGAAUUUCAACUGGUAACAUGAAUUUAAGAAAGAAUGAAGAAAAGAUUUUAAAUUUAUUAGCUAAUUCUAAAGGAAUGAUUUUAGAUAAUGUUGAUUUAAUUGAAAAUUUAAAGAUAUCAAAAUAAGAUGCAAUAUAAGUUAAAGAAAGUUUAGUAAAUCAAGAAUAGAAAUCUGCAGAAAUUGAAACUGCUAGAUAAUAAUAUUUACCAGUUGCUACAAGAGGAAGCUUGCUUUAUUUUGUCAUUGCAGAUUUCACAUUGGUAGAUCCAAUGUAUUAGUUUUCAUUAAAUUAUUUCAAAAGACUAUAUUAAAAUGUGAUUAGAAAUUCAGAAAAGAAUGAUGAUAUAAAAAUAAGAAUCUCUACAUUAAUAGAUGGUAUAACUGAAACAAUUUACUUAAAUGUUUGUAGAGGUCUAUUUAAUUAACAUAAGAGAAUCUUUUCAUUCCUAAUGACUGUUAAAAUAUAACUAAAUGCAAAAUAAAUCUCUUUUGGAGAAUGGAAUCUAUUUAUAAGGGGAGCAAGUUUAUCAAUUUAACCACCUGCUAUGCCUAAUACUGUUAAAUUAACUCCUAAGAUCUGGAAUGAAUUGUAUCAAUUAACAACAGUCCAUUAAAAUUUUAUACAAAUUUACAACUAAACAUUAACUAAUUUCAAAGAGACUGAAUAAUUAAUACAAUCUGAUAAUCCUUGGAUUUUAUUAAAUGAGUAAUUGACUCCUUUCUAAAAAUUAAUGAUUGUAAAAGUUUUAAGAGAAGAAGAAUCUUUAUAUGCAAUGACAUAUUAUGUGGAUGCAAUCUUAGGAAAGAAAUAUACUUCCAAUAAUUAAGCAUCAAUUGAAGAAAUUUUUAAUGAUACUGAUCAUAAAACUCCAUUUAUAUUUAUAUUGAGUUAAGGUGCAGAUCCAUUAUCUAGUUUAAUAAGAUUAGCUAAUCAAAAGAAAAUAUCAUCUGAAAAGCUUAGAAUUAUUUCACUUGGUUAAGGACAAGGAAUUAUUGCUGAAAAAGCAAUUGAAAGUGGAGUAAAGAGUGGUGAUUGGGUAAUUCUAUAAAAUUGUCAUCUUGGUAAAUCAUUUAUGCCAACUCUUGAGAAAAAAUUAGAAUGGUUUGAGGAUCCUGAAUUAUAAUCAUAAUUUAACACUGGUUUUAGAUUAAUGUUGACAAGUAUGCCUUGUGAUUACUUCCCUGUUAGUGUUCUAUAAAACAGUAUUAAAUUAACUACAGAACCUCCUAAAGGAUUGAAAUCUAAUAUGUUUAAGAGUUAUACUGAUUUAUCAUCAGAAUAAGUUGAAAAUUGUGAAAAAAAGGAACCCUGGAAAAAAUUACUCUAUUCUCUUGCGUUUUUCCAUGCUGUAGUAUAAGAACGUCGUAAAUUCGGACCUUUAGGUUGGAACAUUAGAUAUGAGUAAGAUUUUAUCUAAAAUUAGAUUUAAUGAUUCUGAUCUUGAAACAUCAUAUACAUUACUUAGGAAUUUUCUUGAUUAACCUUAAGAUAUACCCUGGGAUGCAAUAGUGUAUGUUGUAGGAGAAAUCACAUAUGGUGGAAGAGUUACAGAUGAUUGGGAUAGAAGAUGUUUACUCACAAUUUUAGCCAAGUUUAUAAAGUAAAAUAAUUAUUAAAUAAAUUUAGUGAAGAUGCAUUGAAUGAUGGAUACUCUUUUUCAGAUUCAGGUGUAUAUAAAUAACCUGCAGAAAUGAAUAUUGAUGGAUAUAGAAAUUUGAUCAAUAAAUUUCCUGAUUUUGAAAAACCUGAAGUUUUUGGAAUGAAUGAAAAUGCCAAUAUUACUUUUAAAUUAACUGAAUCAAAAAUGGCUUUGUCUACUAUUUUAAGUAUUCAACCAAGAGAAAGUGCUUAAGCAAGUGACUCAGAUUAAAAAGCAAAAACACCAGAUGAAAAUGUUUUAGAACUCUGUGAUAUUCUUGCCUAGAAACUUCCUUUUUAAAUUAAAGAAUAAGAAAAAAAGAAAAAAUAAGCUGCUCCUUAACAUACUUCAUCUGAAAUUGAUUCUUUAAAGGUUUGUUUAAAUUAAGAAGUUCAAAGAUUUAAUAAAUUAUUAUCAGUUAUUGGAAAUUCAAUAAAAAAUUUAUAAGCAGCUAUUAAAGGAGAAGUAGUUAUGUCAGCUGAACUUGAUAAAAUGUACAGCUCCUUACUCAAUAAUUAAGUCCCUUAAAUUUGGGCUAACAAAGCUUAUCCUUCUUUGAAGCCUUUGGCCUCAUUUUAUGAUGAUAUGAUAAAAAGAGUCAAUUUCUUCAGAGAUUGGUUUAACUUAGAAUUUGGUUAUCCAAAGGGUUAUUGGAUCUCUGCAUUCUUUUUCCCUUAAGGUUUUCUAACUUCAGUUCUCUAAACAUUUGCAAGAAAAAAUUAAAUUGCUAUCGAUAUUCUUGGAUUCAGUUUCAAAUUCUUUAAUUAUGUAGAUAGUGAAAUGGUAAUAAAGUAUAAACUAUUUAGAUUACAUCAACUCCUGAUAAUGGAGCUUACAUUUAUGGUUUAUACAUAGAGGGAUGUAGAUUUGAUAUAAACAAAGGAAUACUAGAAGAUCAAUUACCUGGCUAAACUAUUUAUUAGGCUCCUAUAAUACAUUUUAUACCUACUUCAGACUACAAACCUAAUCCAAAUGAAUAUUCAAUGCCUCUUUAUAAAACAAGUAUCUAUUCAAAUAAAAUUUUAAGGUCUUAGAGCAGGAGUAUUAUCAACAACAGGACAUUCAACUAAUUUCAUCAGAGCUAUUGAAUGCCCUACCAAGAAGAAUCCUGAUUAUUGGAUUCUUAAUGGAGCUGCCUUUACAACCCAACUAAAUGAUUGA